GCUUGUGAUGACAUGACGUGAAAUGCACUUGGAAAUAUCGAUCUAAGUCAAGGACACGAUAAACGAGCAACUGAUUGCAGGAACUGCCAUGCCGAACGACGUGCAGUACAAGUCAUUGUUGAUCGUAAACGAAUCGAGGGAUGCUAAGAUCACUUUGUACAUAUAUCCCAGAUGGGAUUUUGUAUGUUGGAUUUCCUUCAGUUCCAAAAUUAUCCUGCCAGGCGAGAAAUACUUGUAUCGCAGCAAAGAUUCAUAUAAAUUUGAGCUCGUUGCCGGAUUUGAAGAUAAACCUAAAGAAAGUCUGUUGGAACCCAAAACUUGGGUAGCUGACAAACUCCUGAAAGUUACAGAAGACCUCCGUCUGAUAGAGGGAGAGCUGGAGGAUUUUCCACUUGAGAAACGAGUCUGUCUUCGUAGACUUCAAAGAGACAAAGAAUUAAAUGUCACAAGUGGAAAACGAAACCUGUACGACAUUCUAGAACUGGACAUGGAUCAGAUUCGCAAGCUGCCAAUAGAGAAGCAAAGAGAUGCCAUUAAGAAGGGAUUCCGUAAACAGAUACAACGAUGGCAUCCCGACAAAAACUUUGGCGACGAAGAGAACGCAAAGGAGAUCAUUAUGGCGCAAGAAAUUUUAUUAAAUGACGAAAUGCGAGCUCGGUACCACAACGAGGCUGAUUACGACAGAGGCUGGCUGUCUUUCAAACGAUAUAAAGCGAUCUUAAAUCCGGAACGAUUCACAACGGAGCAGAAGGAAGCCUACAAGAAAAGAAUACUCAUGUUUGCUGCGUCGGUGGGAAUUGCAAUUUGUGGAAUUGGCCUGACUAUUGGAACUGCAGGCGCAGCAGCCCCAUUGGUAGUAGCCGUUGGGGGAGUCUUUGGCGGUGCAAUUACCGGAGCUGGAAUCCAAUCGCUACAGCACACUGUGAAUAAGAGGUCCGUCGUGACCGAAGAGUGCAAUACCAAACAGUGGUUGUUGAAAGCUGGGAUUGGAUUGAUUUCUGGGGCAGCAAUUGGAGGCGCUGCGGUAGGCAUCACAGCAGGUGUAGUGGGCCUUGGAAGCAGUGCUAUGGAGUCUGCCGUUGUUACAGCGGGUCAGUACAUGGGGACUGGAGUAGGAACCGGCGCCGUUGGUGGUGCUGUGUCAUCCAUUGCCUCCGAUAUCGGGAGAAAAUUUGUAGAUGGAGAAAAAGUCUCAUUGAAGCAAGCAGCUUGUCGUGCAACAUUUGGGGCUGCCAUUGGUGCUACUGAAGGAAUUGCAGGAGGUGUUGUCUCCAAAGCUAUAGUGGGUGGCCAAUCAUCAGCUGCAACUGCUAAUAUCCAAGGGGAGGUCGGAGAACAGAUUGCGAUACUAACUGGCGCAAAACGUCUUACCGAUGUAUUGGUUAGGAACGUGUCUCGAGCUGUGACAGAGUCUGGAGCCGAAGCAGUUAUGGGAACAGCAGCUCAAUUUGUCGAGGAGCGCUUAGAUGAUUCUGUAGAAAAUCAAAGCCCUGGACAACAUUUUCUAAGGGGAGCUAUAAACUUUGCUUCAAAGACUAUCAAAGCCGGCUUUCGAGAAAGCAGUAGCGCACUUUUGUCUCACUCGAAAAACGAAAUCGAUGUCUCAAAACGAGCCAAAAAGUACUCGAACCUCGAGGUCGAUAUUUAUGAUAAAAGUGGCGCGAGGCGUGGUCAGGUGAGACAAGAACUUUUCGAGGAAAAUAACGAGCAUCUCGUCAAAUGUGAAAAAAGCACUUGUUCAGCAACCUAUCAACCUCUAGAAUCUGAAGGGCUGUUGGAGAACAAAACCUACUCAUUGCCUACAGUCUACGAAGAAGCUGUCGUCCCCUGCGAACAAGAAGAUCCAUUGAGAGCGAACGAGCAUGUGAACCCCGUGGUCGAUAUUGAAGAAGAAGCGGGCGUGAAUGACUAUUGUGGCCAGGUGAACCUGGCUGAUCAACUCCUAGAAUCUGACGAACUGUCGGAGGACAAAACCAGUCCAUUGCUCAAGGUCCGUGAAGAAGUUGGCGUCCUCGACAAACGUGAAUCAAAUCCACUGGAAGACACAAGGAUUAAAUAUAUCUCUGAAGGGGCUUGGUUCUCUAGAAUGAUUGUUAGCUUCUUUCUUAAUGACGAGAAAAUUACGCAACAAGUAAGUGGGAGCGGAAAAUUCAUUACCAUUCCUUCUCCUGCAAGAGGAAUUAAAGUCAAAUUUCAAGUGAGCCGACCAUUUUGGGGUGACGUCAUGAAGUAUGAUCGCUUUAAAGAGGCCUGGUUUCGACCUUAUGAGCCGCAUGUCUUCUGCUACGACAACCCAACAAACCGCACGUUUAUCGUCAGCGGCAACCUGUGGUGGGAAGCAGUCAUGAGAGUUAGUGAUGAAUACCACGACGAAACAAAGGAACUAUAAGAUUUCGUAAACUUUAAGAACACAGAACCACUGAUCUCUUCAAUGAUUGUUUCAGAUUCUUUCUGUUCUUUUUUUUGUCAGAACCGCUGUGUACAAAUGAACGCAAUGUUUUUACAGUAGCUCCGGGUUAGACUUUGGUAUCCGAUUUUAGACACUGGUGUCCGAUAGUAGACAUAAGUGUCCAAUUUAGACGUUAGUCUCCUAAAUUGGAGACUGGAGUUUAAAAUCGGUCACAAGUGUUUAAAAUUGGACACUGGUGUCUCAAAGCGGACACUAGUGUUUAAAAUGGGACACUAGUGUCCAAAAUGGGUCACCAGUCGAAAAUCAGACAGUGUUAUGCUGUUAUGCUAUCAAAGCUGGUGAGUGCAAAUAUCGCUAAUGCGAUUUAAAUCUGAAAACUAAUCAUGAAAACUUCAACUUGUGUAAGUAAGAAGAGUUUUAUAUCCAAACACAAAAGAAACAGAUAGUUAUUGGAAUUCAAGACAUGUAUUGGUAGUUAUACAAAUUUACCGUCUAACUAAAAUAUCGAUACUGAAUGUUUAGAAAUUGCAAACUCUUUCCAACAAAGAAAUGUCUUUAUUUUGAUUCUUGAGCUCAAAAAUGUAUGCCAUCUUUUUUGUCAUAAAUAAAAUACCUGGUUGUUGUA